AUGGCUUCAGCCCAGAGCUCCAUAGGCCAAACGCAAGAUGACCAGGGCGCUUUCGAGACGCCCGCUCCGCCAGACAUCCCACCGAGCCCUCAAGCUCGCGAGUCUCUUGAGGACGACCGCUACGAUCAUGAUUUCUCUCGAGACCUCGCCUUCCGGCCCAAGACGUCGGCGCAGAGCUUCACGCCGCGUUCUCUGCUCGUCGGCCUUGCUAUCGGCGCUGUCAUCACCUUCUCGAAUACCUACUUUGGUCUUCAAACUGGCUGGAUCAGUACGAUGCCUAUGCCCUCUUCCCUCAUCGGUUUCGCAGCCUUCAAAAUCAUGGCACCAUACCUCUCAUUCCCGUUUAGCCCUAUCGAGAAUGUUCUUAUUCAAACCGUUGCCGGGGCGGUAGGAUCAAUGCCACUUGGUUGUGGCUUUGUUGGAGUGAUACCUGCGCUGGAGUUCUUACUCCGGGGUGGUCCAGAUGGAGAGAAAGGUACCCCUGACGGCUCGGGUGAGGGAGGGCCGUUGAAGCUUGGGUUUUGGAAAUUGGUCAUUUGGAGCUUAGGCGUAUGCCUCUUUGGAGUGGUAUUUGCUGUACCGCUGCGAAAAGAGGUCAUAGUCAGGGAGAAAUUGAAGUUCCCUAGCGGAACCGCUACAGCACUGAUGAUUAAAGUCCUGCAUGGUGGUGGGCAAGACGCCGAGAAGGUGAGAGGAGAUGAAGAUAGCUCAGAGAGAGAGAACCAGGAGACACAGAGACUACUUUCCCGCGAAGAGAAUCAGGUUGCACCGCUAUCGACCUUGCCUGUAUCACACGAACAUGACCACAGGCGGGACUGGAAGGGAAAGAUGAGGCUGCUUAUUCUAGCUUUUGGCGUAUCUGCCCUUUAUACCCUCGUCUCAUACUUCAUCCCACUACUCCGAAACUUGCCAAUUUUUGGCUUGACUCUAGCUAGCAAAUGGCUCUGGACGUUAAACCCCUCACCUGCAUACGUCGGACAAGGCAUCAUAAUGGGCUCCGCAACGUCUCUUCAUAUGCUCGUCGGAGCAAUCAUUGGUUGGGGAAUCUUAUCACCUCUGGCAAAGAAUAAAGGCUGGGCUCCAGGCCCAGUAGAUAGCUGGGAGAAUGGCAGCAAGGGCUGGAUUGUUUGGAUAUCUCUAGCCAUUAUGCUUGCCGAUUCGAUCAUCAACUUGGGAUGGUUGAUAGCAAGACCAGCAGUCCACUAUGGGCCGACUAUUUUGGAUGCACUCCGACGUCGAGCUGGCCAGAAGAAUUUCUGGAAAAGCCUCUUUACCAACCCUUUAAAAUCACAACAGGGUUAUGUUCUCCUCAACCCUGGAGACCACACGCAAGGCGACUCGUCUAAGAUUUCAGAGCGAGAUGAUGCACCUCCGUCGGAGCUCAUUUCGAUGCGGACGGUCGCAAUUUUACUUCCUUUGACCUUACUUCUGAAUGUUAUCUGCAUGCAUAUCGCCUUUGGAAACAUUAUCACUCCUUUUCUAUCGACUCUUGCUACCCUACUAGCCCUUGUUCUCUCCGUUAUGGGUGUCCGCGCCCUCGGGGAGACAGAUCUCAACCCCGUUUCCGGCAUCAGCAAAGUGACCCAGCUAAUCUUUGCCCUUGCCACACCUGCUUCCAGCCAUAGUCGCCGCUCCGCCAUCAUCACCAACCUACUCGCUGGCGCUGUAUCCGAAUCAGGAGCUCUGCAGGCUGGAGACAUGAUGCAGGAUCUUAAAACAGGGCAUAUUCUUGGUGCAAGCCCCAAGGCCCAGUUUUAUGGCCAAUUAAUCGGCAGCAUUUUUGGUGCCGUGACUUCCGUCGCGGUUUAUCGUCUAUACGUUAAUGUCUAUCAAAUUCCAGGAGACAUGUUCCAGAUCCCCACCGCGUACGUGUGGAUAUUCACCGCCCGACUAGUGACAGGCGAGGGCCUUCCUACCAUGGCCUGGCAAGCUGCAGGAAUUGCAGGUGUUAUUUUUACCAUCACCACUAUGAUCCGGGUCUUCAGCGCUGCUGGUUUGCGCCACGGCGGCUCCGUCCCGGCAUGGAGGGCGUGGAUCCCUGGCGGUAUUGCCGUGGCAGUGGGCAUGUAUAAUGUGCCUUCAUUCACGCUCGCAAGGGCGAUUGGCGGCUUGAUAGAAUUGUGGUGGAGCUGGCGCCAAAAUAGGAACCGAAAGAGUGCCAGGGCCCCUGUCACUAGUGACGAAGACGACGAAUCUACUGAAGGUGACCGCAGCCUUUCAAAGCCUCUGGAGCUCAAUCAAAACGAAGAUACGCAUUCCACGGUUGUUAUUUUGGCUUCAGGACUUAUUCUUGGCGAAGGCGUUGUUAGUAUCAUCAAUUUGGCACUUGCAAGUGCCGGCGUGCCGCAUAUCUAA